CAUCCAAUGAAAGCGCGUCAAAGCGUGACUCACCCCUUUUCUUUUCCAAUGGAAGCGGGCCGGAGAGGCGGAUCAAAGGAAGCAAACUUGGUUGAAUGACCAUUAAAGCAGCAAUCAGCGGUAAAUAUGUUAUGAUGCCACGCUCCAAACGCACACCGAGCGUAUUGUCCGAGGCGCCGGGAGCGCACUUUUGCACCGGUUAGUCACUUUGCGAAAUGGCCGUGCGCAGGAGGAGUGUCGCUGCAAACCAAGUCGGGGUGGGGGGGUCGCUCUUCAGGGAUUUGAACAGUGAUGGGCAGCUGUUGGACAUUGAUUUGGCGCAGCGGCUGACGGUGAAUUGAACAGUGCGGUAACGCGGGUUUGUUUUUGGGGUUUUUUAACCAUGGACGGAGAAGCUGUCUUUUGUGGCUGUCAGAUGAGGAGAAGGAGGAGGAGCGGCUGACUUCUCCUCUCUGCUCAGUGCAAGUGUGAGAGAAUCGUGAUGCUGAUUUUUGGCCAAACGUGAGGCUCCCCCGCCGCUGCCGAGCAGGCUUCAAUGUUCGCUCAGUACAGGUGCAUCAGGAUUUGAGUGGACGUGAUCAGAGCCGUCACCAUGGCAUUCACCUUCAUAUGGCAUCCCACCUCCGUCUUUUCCGCCUGCAAACCGCUGACAAGGAUACAGGAAACGUAUCUGCACAUAUAACGGAUUGGAAUUGGCCAAUUGAUGCUGCUGCUUGCACUAUGAUCUCUGGGGAACUAUCCGAGUUGUGUAAUGGUUUUAUUCCAUUUGCAGCGCGUGCCCUGCAACCUCCGUGGAUGAUGGCUAAUUGGGCCCAAUGAUGUAGAGCCAAAUCCACCUGGAUCUAAUGUUCCCUCCUCUCGUGGCUCCCCUGUGACUUUUUGCGCAUGUUCAAUUGUUUUUUUUUAAUUCCCAGAGCUUUUCGCUAUUCUCGGCUAUUGCUUUUGGUGAUUUUAUUUUAUUUGUAAAGGCUUUUAAGGACGACUGUUUGCUUCUGAAAGUGGCGAUUAAACUGACUGCUAACUUUACAUUUUACAGUCAAAGCCCCCGGGCUGUCUGAAGCGUGAUCAGCUAUGGAAAGUUCAGCUAAUAAAAGACAUUUAAUGCGACUCAUCCUUGGGACUAAAUAGUUCCCUUCCCUCUUUUAAGUGGAACAAACUUCUUUUUCCCUCCCCUGUCUCCUAUAGGCUAUUUGUUUAGAUAACAUUCUGUCACUGCAUCCACUUUUCCACUAUGUCCAGAUCAAACAGUGUCAGCCCACCCGGAGUCGGUGCUCCCGGGUUGAGGGGAGGGACCGAGCACAGAUCAGCUUGGGGAGAGUCUCAGUCUGUGGCCAACGGGUGCCCAUACUCAGCAAGAUCUCCGCGCAGGAAGCUCACCCGGACCAACAGCCGGUGGACGGAGGAGGAUGAUCUGGACCACCGGCCGCCCGGGCGAGCCUCCACGACCGUCAGCAGGGUCAGCUUCAGGUCCAGGUCGGCUUGGCAGGACCAUGGAGAGGAGAGCCGAGACAACAACCGCGCGUCCUCUAAACGUCCAGACGGCGAGGUGAGACCCAAGUCCGUGGAGCUGGGUCUGGAAGAGCGGAGAGCCAAGCCGAGGACCGACGAGGAAGAGGUCAUGCCCGAAGUAAACUUUUCCUUCGUGGCGUGCUGCACCAGCGUCAUGCACAUUUUCAAAUCCAAAAAAUUCCAGUCGGAGAAGUUGGAGCGGCUCUACCAGCGCUACUUUUUCCGUCUCAACCAGAGCAGCUUGACUAUGCUCAUGGGCGUACUUGUGCUGGUGUACACGGUCAUGUUGGGCUUUCACUGCUCCGGUGGGAGAUCGGGACCGAGCGUAACGUACGUGGUGGUAUUUUCUGUGGCCAUCUUCCUCACGCUCGUGCUCAUGGUAAUCUGCAACAGGAACGGAUUUCACCAGGACCACAUGUGGGUCGUGUGCUAUGUGGUCAUCCUGAUGGUGUUGGUGAUCCAGGUGAUCGGAGUACUGCUCGUACAGCCCAGAAGUGCCUCGGAGGGGAUCUGGUGGACCGUGUUCUUCAUCCAUGUCAUCUACACUCUGCUUCCCGUCAGGAUGCGAGCUGCGGUCAUCACUGGAGUUAUUCUUUCCGCCAUCCACGUGGCCAUUUCUUGGAUGUUAAACGAAACGGACAGCUUUCUGUGGAAACAGAUAGUGUCCAACGUGCUGAUCUUUUCCUGCACCAACAUCGUGGGCGUGUGCACCCAUUACCCUGCUGAGGGUUCCCAGAGGCAAGCCUUUCAGGAGACCAGGGAAUGCAUCCAGGCUCGCCUCCACUCCCAGAGGGAAAAUCAGCAGCAGGAACGUCUGCUGCUCUCAGUGCUUCCUCGCCAUGUUGCCAUGGAGAUGAAAGCUGACAUAAACGCCAAGCAGGAAGACAUGAUGUUUCACAAGAUCUACAUCCAAAAGCACGACAACGUCAGCAUCUUAUUUGCGGACAUUGAGGGUUUCACCAGUCUGGCAUCGCAGUGCACAGCACAGGAGCUGGUGAUGACUCUCAAUGAACUGUUCGCCCGCUUUGACAAGUUGGCAGCGGAGAACCACUGUCUGCGGAUCAAGAUUUUGGGAGACUGCUACUACUGUGUGUCUGGUCUGCCGGAGGCGAGGGCCGACCACGCCCACUGCUGUGUGGAGAUGGGGCUGGACAUGAUAGAGGCUAUCUCUCCAGGUCAUAAAGAGGAAAAGGCCAUGAUUGCCAAAAUGAACCGGCAGAGGACCAACUCUGUCACCCACAACAGUGGACACUGGACCGACCGUCCCUUUUACAACCAUUUAGGUGGAAAUCAGAUCUCCAAAGAUCUGAAGAGGAUGGGCUUUGAAGACCCCAAAGACAAAAACACACAGGAAAACCUAAACCCAGAGGACGAGGUGGAUGAGUUUCUGGGCCGGGCCAUCGACGCGCGCAGCAUCGACCGUCUGCGCUCGGAACACGUCAAGAAAUUCCUGCUCACCUUUAGAGAGCCUGACCUGGAGAAAAAGUACUCCAAACAGGUGGACUCCAGGUUUGGGGCUUAUGUGGCCUGCGCCUCCCUCGUCUUUCUCUUCAUCUGCUUCAUCCAGAUUGUCAUCGUGCCACCCUCCAGACUGAUGAUCGGCUUCUUCGUCACCUGUCUCAUUAUCCUGACGGCUGUUAUGUUCGUCUCAGCUGUGUACUGCUGUUUUGGGAUCUUCCCAGUGCCUCUGCAGACACUCUCUAAGAGAAUAGUUCAGUCUAGACUAAACAGCACCUUGGUUGGUGUCUUCACCAUCAUCAUCGUCUUUCUUUCUGCUUUCGUCAACAUUUUCACGUGCAGCAGCCAUGACCUGUGGAGUUGCAUCAAAGCACAGCACAACAUCAGCCUGGACAGUGUCAAUGCCUGCCAUGCUUACUUCCUUAACUACAGCCUGGACACACAACACAGCCCCUGUGGACAUGAUGGCCUCAUCUGCAGCUUUCCUGAGUACUUCUCGUCCUGCGUGCUGCUGAGCCUGCUGGCCUGUUCCGUCUUCCUGCAGGUCAGCAGCAUCGGUAAGCUCUUCCUCAUGCUCUUCAUCGAACUGCUUUACCUUCUCAUCAUGGAGGUUCCCAAAGUGAGCCUCUUUGACAACCAGGACCUGCUGGUCAUGGCCAAUGCCAUCAACAACGCUGAGCCCAUGAAUGGAACAAGGUGUGGAGUAGACAAGGUGCCUCUAAAGAUCAUGACUCCAGUGGUGAUCACAGUCUUCGUCCUUGCCCUGUACCUUCACGCCCAGCAGGUGGAGUCAACAGCAAGGCUUGACUUCCUGUGGAAACUGCAGGCCACAGAGGAAAAGGAGGAGAUGGAGGAAUUGCAAGCCUACAACCGCCGUCUGCUCCACAAUAUCCUUCCCAAAGACGUGGCUGCUCACUUCCUGCAGCGGGAACGUCGGAACGAUGAGCUCUACUACCAGUCGUGCGAGUGUGUUGCAGUUAUGUUUGCCUCUAUUAGUAACUUUUCUGAGUUCUACGUAGAGUUGGAGGGCAACAAUGAGGGAGUGGAGUGCCUGCGACUGCUUAAUGAAAUCAUCGCCGACUUUGAUGAGAUCAUCAGCGAGGAUCAGUUCCGCCAGCUGGAGAAGAUCAAGACUAUCGGCUCCACAUACAUGGCAGCCUCCGGCCUCAAUGACUCCACAUAUGACAAGGUCGGGCGGUCACACAUCCGUGCUCUCGCUGACUACGCCAUGAGGCUGAUGGACCAGAUGAAAUACAUCAAUGAACACUCCUUUAACAACUUCAAGAUGAAAAUAGGUCUUAACAUCGGCCCGGUGGUGGCUGGGGUGAUCGGGGCCAGGAAACCUCAGUACGACAUCUGGGGGAACACUGUAAAUGUGGCGAGUCGCAUGGACAGCACAGGUGUACCAGAGAGAAUCCAGGUGACCCCAGAACUGCACCAGGUACUGAGCUCUUAUAACUACACACUGGAAUACAGAGGAGUGGUCACAGUCAAGGGCAAAGGAGAGAUGAUGACCUACUUCCUCACCAGUGGACCUUCCAGCAGUUAACCCACACUAAGUGACAGACACAUAGGGGGUUACACGCCUUACGACAUACAAAGCAGGCUUAGGGUGGACUGAGAUUGAACUUUUCUCACAGCACUGAACCCAUCUCAAACCUGAGGCCAUAAAGGAUGAGGAAAAUGUUCAUCCCAACGCCCAGCCUGUGGGGGAGCCGAUGAGUCGGAGAAGCCUCGCUACGAGUCAGCCGAUGAGACCAAAGAUGUCCAGUCAGAGCAUAAAGACAGAUUAUUGGUCAGCUGUGCGAGUCUGGGUCCUGAAGGAAAAAUGGUCAAUAAGAAAUUUGAUUUGCUUCAAUCAGCCGUAAUUUUCCGAUGGGUUUUUGGACACACCUGCGGGAGGACAUAAGCUGCAUUACCUCUUCUCUUUCGCUCUGCCUUGCUCCUGCUGAAGUAUAUACAGUAUGUACAUGUAAAACACAGACAGUUUUAUGUGUAUGUACAGAAUUUCACGUAUGGUUUGUAAUACCUUUGGUCCAUGUUGUGAUGCAGGUAUGAAUCUCUCAAGUAUGGACACUAAGCCAGCACUGCAGCACUAUCCGUCCUUGUGUCAUUAUCUAAUCACAUCGGUAACUAACAGAUUCAUGGAGGAGAUGGUCUUUAUUGCUGAAGAGUGUGUCCUACAGCUCCCCACUCGCUUGCUCAAUCAGAUGGUACGACCCAAUGAAUGUCCGAUGAUCUCCGAUGAGGCCUUUAACAUGGACUCUGUACUGACGACGGUGAUGAUGCUCAUCCUGUGGACAGGGACAGAUAAGCACAUGUGGACAUGUGCCCAAUUAUCUGCUGUUUUCUUUCCUUAACAGAGCAGUUCUCUUCAGUAUUACAUCUUUAUUCAGCGUGUCAUCAGACAAACUGACCUGGCUGGCUCAUGGAUUCAAGUGAUUUUUAAUGAUGAUAUUACCAAAUACUUCACCUGGUUUGGUUUGUUUUGUCACAGGAAAACGUAAAUGGACAGAAAAAUGUUUUCACCUGAGAAUACUGAAUCCAGAAAACUUCAGAACCAAGUUUAAAGGAUAAGGCUAGAAAACUGUAUAUAAAAGAUGGAUGUAGGCAUGCAUGACGUCACCCAUUGGUUUGUGAAGUAUUGUUAAGCCUUGAGCUAACAGUUUAGAGGCCACUGGGGGUGGAUCUCACUUAGAAACACCGCACGCUCAUCUGGUUGUCAAUCGCAAGGAAGAUCAUGCUCUGCUUUGUUCUCUUAUUUGACUGUCAGUAGUCAAUAUCGUGCUGUAUUUAGACACUUGAAGCUAGCAAUCAAGACGAACUAAUUAGGAAAACGCUUACAGAGGUCAUAGAUAACUGGAGCCUAGUAAGUGUCCUUCCAGAUUUCUUCUUCCAGUAAAAUCAAACUUGUUUUUGUAAUCAGAGGAGUCGCCCCCUGCUGGCCAUGAAAAGCAUGUUUAAGGCACCUAAACUGCAUUGGCUUCUAUUUUCAGACCUGUGAAGCUAUGUCCAUAUUUUAUAUAGAGUCAUAUUAUUAUAACUGUCAACUGAUCUCAUGAAAAGAGCAAAAUUAACAUUUUAAGUAAUGCCUGCAAUAUUCUCUCCACUUGCAUCUUGUGAAAACAAACUGAAUUUGUGCGUGAAGUUAUUUAAAACUUAUUUGGUAUGCUAUGCAGAUCAGUAUUUACUUCACUACAAUGUUGUAUGUAUUAAGUGGACUCAAAAUGAACUGCAGUCUAUGGACUUCUAUCUGAAUAACUAGCCUCAGGUUCUAUUUAAAUCCUGCAUAUUAACCUCCUAAGACCCAAACUCUUCCACCG